CACGAUGUCCAACAUGAAGCUCCUCCUGUUCCUCCUCUUUCUUCCCGUCCUCCUCUCGGACUCCUUUUUGUUGUCUGACGAUGGAAAAUACGAGCGUUCGGCGACUCCUGGCUCUGCCUCUCGCCUCGUCGCUCGAAUGGACGGAGACAUCAUCAUUGGCGCUUUGUUCUCCGUGCACCACCAGCCGUCUGCGGAGAAAGUGGCGGAGAGGAAAUGUGGAGAAGUUCGAGAACAAUACGGUAUCCAGCGAGUGGAGGCCAUGUUUCACGCUUUGGACCGGAUUAAUGCGGAUCCAAAUCUGCUUCCCAACAUCUCGCUGGGAUGUGAGAUCAGGGAUUCUUGCUGGCAUUCAUCCGUGGCGUUGGAGCAAAGUAUUGAGUUUAUCCGUGACUCGUUGAUUUCCAUUCGGGAUGAAAACGAAGGAUCUCGUUGGUGCAUCGAAGGAUCGCCGUCCUCUCAGCCGCCGCCCACUAAGAAACCCAUCGCAGGUGUCAUCGGGCCUGGUUCCAGCUCUGUGGCGAUCCAGGUCCAGAACCUUCUUCAGCUGUUCAACAUCCCUCAGAUCGCCUACUCUGCCACGAGCAUCGAUCUGAGCGACAAGACGCUGUUCAAGUACUUCCUGCGGGUCGUUCCCUCCGACACUCUGCAGGCGCGCGCGCUGAUCGACAUCGUGAAGCGCUACAACUGGACCUACGUCUCUGCCGUACACACAGAGGGAAACUACGGAGAGAGUGGGAUGGAGGUUUUUAAAGAGCUGGCGUCUCAGGACGGACUCUGCAUCGCUCACUCUGAUAAGAUCUACAGUAACGCCGGGGAGAAGCAGUUCGACCGGCUGCUGAGGAAGCUGAGAGAGCGUCUCCCCAAAGCGCGGGUGGUGGUGUGUUUCUGUGAAGGAAUGACGGUUCGAGGCCUGCUGGCGGCCAUGAGGAGGCUGGGGGUCGCAGGGGAGUUCCUGCUCAUCGGCAGUGACGGCUGGGCAGAUCGGGUGGAGGUGGUGGAGGGAUACGAGCAGGAGGCCGUGGGGGGUCUCACGGUGAAGCUCCAGUCUGACGAGGUCUCUUCCUUCGAUGAAUACUUCAUGAAACUGAAGCUCAGCACCAACACCAGGAACCCGUGGUUUCCAGAGUUCUGGCAGUACCGGUUCCAGUGCCGUCUGCCCGGGCACCCGCUGGAGAACCUGAACUACGCACGCAACUGCUCAGAGGACGAGCAGCUAG